CCGCAGCUGCCCAAGUCUCGGCUCGCUGCGCCUGACAGCUGCGCCCGCGCACUGCGAGCCCGGAGACGGCUCCCAGAAGCCCCCGGGAGGGAGCCAGUACUUCUAGGACCCGGCGUCGGAGCUGUAAGGCUUCUAGACCCCCCAUUCCCGGAAGAGGAGGCACCGAGAGGUUACAGAGGGCAGCGGUCACCAGGCAGGGGACGGGACCCCUGCCUUAGCAGCCUAGUCGCCCGACUUCAAAAAGCCGGCGUCCCUGUUGGGACUAAGUUGCCCAGGGGCCCUUGCGCUGUGAGGACUCGCCCACUUCUGACAAGGACCUGAAGCCCGGACCGAGUCUGGCCGGUUCUGAGGAGAGAGUCCGGUCCGGCUGGCGACCGCUGCUGAGCCGGGCCCAGGGAGGCGCCAUAGGGUCGGCGAUUCGGUCUGCGCGCGGGAGGGCGGGAGUCGUGAUCGUGCGCGCGUGACUUGGCGACCGUGACCGACAGUGCGUGGAGGGUGUGACCGGGAAGAGGAGGCGGGUACGUGUGUGAAUGGAGGGUGUGUAUGUGCAGGUGUGACAUGUGACUAGCGGGCCGCGGAGGAGGCUGGUGUGUGACUGGGGCUCGUGUUUCUGCGCGUGUCUCGUGCACUUUGCCCGUCCCAGCAGCGUGUAUUGGAACGAAUGAAGGAUUUUACGUGGCUGAGAGCUGGAAACGCCCCCGGAGGAGACCACCCCACUCCACUCCAGCACCCCCGACUUCCCACCGAAAGUUCGGUGUGGCCCAAGGCCUUGGAAUCUUGGAAAGUUGCCCGGUCGGGGUGCGGCGGCUAAAGCCUUUCUUGCCUGCCGGCCUGGAGGAUGUGGAAGUCGGGACACCAUACAUGUCCACGGGCCUGAGUAUGGAGAUGAGGAUACUGAGGUAUAGAACGGAGAAGGCAAUGGCACCCCACUCCAGUACUCUUGCCUGGAAAUCCAUGGAUGGAGGAGCCUGCUCUGCCCUCUUGGGGUAAAGCCCUUCUCCACAUGAGGAGCCAGGAAGAAGAGGUGAUGGGAGUUGAACUUCUUAAAGCCAUGUCCCUGGAUGCAGUGACUUUCACGGAUGUAGCCGUCGACUUCUCCCAAGAUGAGUGGGAAUGGCUGACUCUUGCUCAGAGGACUUUGUACAAGAAAGUGAUGUUAGAGAACUACAGCAACCUGGCUUCACUGGGUCUUUGCAUUUCUAAACCAGAUGUGAUCUCUUUACUGGAGCAAGAUAAAGAGCCCUGGAUGAUGAAAGGAGAGUUGACAAGAGGCCUGUGCCCAGACUUGGAGUAUGUGUGGAUGAAAAAGGAAUUAUCUCUAAACCAGGACAUCUAUGAGGAAAAAUUAUCUCAGGCAAUGAUAAUGGAAAGACUUACAAGCUAUGGCCUUGAAUGUUCCACAUUAGGGGAAAACUGGAAGUAUGAAGACCUGUUUGAGAGGGAGCUGGUAAGUCCAAAGACACAUUUUAGGCAAGAGACAGUCAGUCACAUAGAUACCCUUAUUGAGAAAGGCGACCACUUUAACAAAUCUGGGACAAUUUUUCAUCUGAAUACAUUAUGGUAUAUAAAACAGGUAUUUCCCAUCAAAGAGAGAAUAUAUAAUUUUGACACAGAUAAGAAAAGCUUAAAGACACAUUCCUUUGUGAAAAAAGACAAGCAGGUCUAUGGAGAAAAGAAACUUUUGAAAUGUCACGACUGUGAGAAAACUUUCAGCAAAAUCUCAACUCUUACUCUUCAUCAGAGAAUUCAUACUGGAGAGAAACCCUAUGAAUGUCUCGAAUGCAGAAAAGCCUUUAGCCAGAGUGCCCACCUUGCUCAACAUCAGAGAAUCCACACAGGAGAAAAACCCUUCAAAUGUACUGAGUGUGGAAAAGCAUUCAGCCAGAAUGCUCAUCUCAUCCAACAUCAGAGAGUUCAUACUGGAGAAAAACCUUAUCCGUGUAAGCAAUGUAACAAAGCCUUCAGCCAGCUUGCAUAUCUUGUCCAACACCAGAGAGUUCACACUGGAGAGAAACCCUAUGAAUGUAUCGAAUGUGGGAAGGCCUUUAGUUAUUGUUCAUCCCUGGCUCAUCAUCGAAGGAUUCACACUGGAAAGAGACCCUACAAAUGCAUUGACUGUAGGAAAGCCUUCCAGCAGAACGCUUCUCUUAUACGUCAUCGAAGGUAUUGUCACACUGGAGAAAAGCCCUUUGAUUGUAUUGACUGUGGGAAAGCCUUCACCGAUCACAUAGGACUUAUUCAGCAUAAGAGAAUUCAUACUGGAGAGAGACCCUAUAAAUGUAAUGUGUGUGGAAAGGCUUUUAGCCAUGGCUCCUCCCUGACCGUCCAUCAGAGAAUUCAUACAGGAGAGAAACCCUAUGAAUGUAGUAUCUGUGAGAAAGCCUUUAGCCAUCGUGGCUCACUCACUCUUCAUCAGAGAGUCCAUACUGGAGAGAAACCCUAUGAAUGUAAGGAAUGUGGGAAAGCUUUUCGGCAGAGCACGCACCUCGCCCACCAUCAGAGAAUUCAUACUGGGGAGAAACCUUACUAAUGUAAGGAAUUCAGCAAAACCUUCAGCCAGAAUGCUCAUCUUGCAUAGCAUCAGAAGAUACACACUGGAGAGAAACCACAUGAAUGUAAGGAAUGUGGUAAGGCCUUCAGUCAGAUUGCUCACCUUAUUCAGCACCAGAGAGUUCACACUGGUGAGAAGCCUUAUGAAUGUUUUCAAAGUGGGAAGGCCUUCAGUGAUGGCUCCUAUCUUGCUCAACAUCAGAGACUUCACACUGGCAAAAGACCCUACACGUGUCUCGGAUGUGGGAAGGCGUUCAGACAGAGGGCAUCCCUGAUUGGUCGCCAAAGCUGUCACAUGGGUGGAAAAAACUUACAAAUGCAACAUCUGUGGAAAAGCCUUUAGUCAUCGUAAAUCCCUUACUCUGCAUCAGAGAAUCCACACAGGAGAGAAACCUUAUGAGUAUAAGGAAUGCAACAAGGCCUUCAGCCAGAUUGCCCAUCUGACACUGCACAGGAGAAUUCAUACUGGAGAAAGGCCGUAUGAGUGUAAAGCAUGUGGAAAAGCGUUUAGGCAGACUGUACGUCUUGCUCACCAUCAGCAAAUUCAUACUGGAGGGUCAUCCUCGGUGAUUCCCUCCUCUUCCUACCACCACGUCCUCUAGUUUCAAUCUUCUAAACACUUCUAGAAUCUAUCACUUUUUUUCUAGCUCAGCAUGUCAUUAUCCCAGUCCAAGAUUGCAGCCAUCUCAUUUGGAUUUCUGCAUAGCAUUACAACCAUAUUUCUUCUUGCUCCCCUCAGGUGUAUUUUUAACACUAUAGCCAACUGAAUCUUUUAAAAAUAAAGAGUUUAUUCAUGUUACUUUUCCAUUUAAAACACUUAUUUUGAAAAAAAUAGGUAAUCCACUUAAAGCAUUUAGCAUGCUAUCAUAGACUUAUAAUUAGUGCCAUUAAGGUAGAAUUUUCCUUACAGUGAUGUUAAGCUACAAGUAUAAUGAGCCAGUAGGUCAAGACUAAGAAGCCCAAAAUUUUAGAGUAGACAGAGAACUCUUUACUCUCCUUGUAGGUUGGAAAGAUGAACACAUUCAGAAUUGAAAGAUUCUAUGAUAUCCAGGGUAACAUGGUGGCUUGCUCUUCCCUCUGUAUGCAUAAAAAGACAUCUACUGGAGGAGGAAAUGGCAACCCAAUCCAUAUUCUUGCCUGGGAAAUUCCAUGGACAGAGGAGCCUUGUGGGAUACAGUCCAUGCAGUCGCAAAAGAGUCAGACACUACAUAGUGACUAAACAACAACGUUUAGCAGAAUAAGGCUUUAAAAAAAAGGAGACAUAUAGCAUCAUUGAUGAGGAAAUCUCACCUCACCUGGCACUUAGAAGUGAGACUAGGCCAGUUAGAACAAAAGCAUUUGGUAGAAUGUGGGACUUGCCAGGGGAGAGUAUUAAAAAUAAACUAAAAUGAACCAGCUAGAAAACUUGAGUAGGUUAAUAGCCAUGAAAUAAACUACAAAAGAUAGUUCAACACUUUCAACUGUGGAAAAGUACCACAGACAAUUCCUGUGAUACUGAAUUGUUCUAGCAUAUAAAAUAAAUACAGUAAAGCUUCCCAUCUUGUUCUGUGAGACGGACAAGACAAAUACCAAAACAGGAAAACAUACAGAUUGCAGUUGGCUUUUGAAUGUAGAUGUUAAAACAAGUUUUUUUUUUUUUUUAAAAAGCAGAGGAAAUGAAAAGCUAGACAUGUCUCUGUAUAGACAUACUCAGUCUGGCAAAGACAUUUCUUCCCAAGUUAAAUACCUGAAUCCACUGGUCCUCCAGUAGAAGUCCCCAUGUGUAAGUUGACAAGCUCAUUUUGAGCACCUAUAUGGUAUUGUGAUAUAACAAGGAGGAUAGCACUGUAAUACUCAUUAAAUUAAGAUUAGUGGAACAUUUACUAAUGUUCCAGGCACUGUUUUAGGUACUGGGGAUGCAGCAAGGUGUGAAAUGUACCAAAAAAAAAGCUUGCUCUUGCAGAUCUAGUGGGAAAAGACAAACUAAAAUUUGAAAUGCAACACUAUAUAGUAAGUAUGUGACAUGUAUCAUGAUGUGAAACAAUCUAAGAGGGAUCCAGGGGGAUCCAGGGUGCUGGCAGGGGAUGCCUUACACCCCCAGAACAUACGGGCAUUAGAGCCAAGGGGUGAGGGAAGAACUAGAAAAAACUGUCAGCCAAAAAGGACAUAAUGAGAAUAAUUGUGAUAGUCUCAAAGUGGAUAAUUAUGAUGCUUUGAGUGUUUCAGGGAGAACUGAUGGUUUAACAAGGUUCAUGAGAGUUCUUUUCACCCUUUGUGAAUUGUGAUUUAGAGGCUGUCAGAGAUUUUUGUUUUUGUUUUUUUUUCCUUUAUAUAUAUUUGGCUGUGCUGGGUCUUAGUUACAGCAUGCAGAAUCCUUAGUUGCAGCAUCAGGGAUCUAGUUCCCUGACCAGGGAUCAAAUGUUUUCGUUUUGUUUUGGCAGCAGUCUUA